GCUGUAUCUUGUGGAGCGUAACAGUGAGCAGAGAUACUCUUCCCUCUGGGCACAGAAGACAGUGAAAACCAUACUAUAGACAGCAAUUGCUGCAGUCAUGAACUCUACUGAUGUUCAGGACACGAAGGUGGCCAUCGUUGGCGGGGGUUUGGUGGGUGCUUUAAAUGCCUGUUUCUUUGCAAGAAGAGGGUUCCAAGUUGAUGUUUUUGAAGCAAGAGAAGAUAUUCGAGUUGCCAAAGUCACCCGUGGCAGAAGCAUUAAUUUGGCACUGUCUCACAGGGGACGCCAGGCCCUCAAAGCCAUUGGAAUGGAAGAGCAGAUUGUGUCCAAAGGCAUUCCCAUGUUUGCAAGGAGGAUACACACACCUUCUGGCAAAAAGUAUUCCAUUCCCUAUGGGACAAAACACCAGUACAUUCUGUCCGUGGACAGAGCAAAUUUAAACAAAGAGCUGUUAACUGCUGCUGAGAAGUAUCCCAAUACUAAGCUGUACUUUGAACACAAGCUUUGCCAGUGCAAUGCUGAAUCAAGGACAUUAACUAUACAAAGAUGUGAUGAAACAACUCUGGAAAUCACUUGUGGCCUCAUAGUGGGAUGUGAUGGAGCCUUUUCGACAGUCAGGAAGCAGUUCAUGAGGCAAACGUGUUUUAACUACAGCCAUGAAUAUAUUCCUCAUGGCUACAUGGAGCUAACUAUCCCCCCCAGGGAUGGAGAUUUUGCCAUGGAACCAAAUUACCUUCACAUCUGGCCCAGAAACACCUUCAUGAUGAUUGCCCUGCCCAACCUGGAUAAGUCAUUCACUUGCACUCUCUUCAUGCCCUUUGAGGACUUUGAAAAGCUGAGGACUGGUGAUCAAGUGCUGAAUUUUUUCCAAACCUACUUUCCAGAUUCAGUUCCCCUCAUUGGAGAGCGAGAGCUGAAGCGCGAUUACUUUUUGCUGCCAGCCCAAGCCAUGAUAUCUGUGAAGUGCUCGUCUUACCACAUUGGCUCUCAUUGUGUCCUGAUGGGAGAUGCUGCCCAUGCAGUUGUACCUUUCUAUGGACAAGGCAUGAAUGCGGGAUUUGAAGAUUGCCUGGUUUUUGAUGAGUUAAUGGACCAGUUUCACAAUGAUCUUAGCACCUGCCUCCUGGAGUUCUCCAGGCUGAGAGUCCCUGAUGACCAUGCAAUUUCGGAUUUAGCCAUGUACAAUUACAUUGAGAUGCGAGCACACGUUAAUUCAAAAUGGUUUAUAUUUCGAAAGUAUGUGGACAACUUCCUUCACAUGCUUAUGCCUUCCACCAUUAUCCCGUUGUACACAAUGGUCACAUUCACAAGAAUACGCUACCACAAAGCACUGCAGCAUUGGAAAUGGCAGAAUAAGGUGAUUAAUCAAGGGCUCUUCAUCACUGGGGCAGCAGCUGCAUUGAGUAGCACCUACCUACUUAUAAAAUGGAUAACACACAAAACUGACUUCACUUCACCAGCACUGUGGAGCUGGACAAUUUAGCUCAAGAAAAUUGGAAACAUCUCACCAGAAACAUGCCUGUGAAGUGGGAACCCUACCCUGCCCUUGCAGCUGUGAGGAGGUGUGCAGUUCAUCAGGCUGCUUUGAGGUUCUCUCCAGGAACUAAGCAUCGUUCAUUGUUUAAUAAGAAUGGCCUUAUUUCUGACAUGAUGUUACACUGCACAUAUUAUUCAAACAAGUCAAGGGGUCACAGUCGUUAUUAAGUCUUCUCCCUCCUCCCCCACCCCCCAUAGUCCAGGAUGUAACCACAGUCUUCCCUUAUUAUCCUCCAAAUACACCUUUGGGAGUUGCUCAUCUCCACCAGCUUCAUAAUUUCUUAACACGUAGCAGGUUGAUUACAUUUGUAUCUGUGAGGUAUGACUUAGACUUACUACUUUGAAAUGGAACACGUUGGUUCCUGAAGGCAAGUCCUUCCUAUGCACCUGUGCUUACAGUGCUGAACAAAUACAUAGAUUCUUAGGGAGUCACUUUUGGGCGAGACAGUCUAGACUAAGGUGGGCAAAAUGGAGCCUGCAGGCCAGAUCUGCCUGCCAAGGGAUUCCAUCCAGCAUGGAAGGGGUCCCUCAGCCCCACCUGGCUCAGUUCUGCUGUGCUCAGGCGCAUGGCAAGGUGAUGGCAGUGCCAGCUCUGGACCCAGCCCUGCUGCCCAGGCAUGCUGACCCAGCUACCCUGCACCCACCACCAGGGGCACCGGAGAAUGGGUAGGCAGAUAGGGCACACUCAGCUGAGCAGAUGGGAUGGGGCCAUGGGCAGGCAGGGAACUGCAUCUGGAAGUAGAGUGGGUAGGCAAAUCUGGAGCCAGGGCCUGGAUUUUGGGCUAUAUGUCCCUGACCCUGGUCCUUGCCUCUCAGGCACUUAUUUUGUUUUUCAUGGGCUGUAGGUCCUUGACUCUGGUUUGUACCCUGCUUGGGCAUUGGGCCUCUGGCCCUUUCUUCAUUAUUUUUGCUGUUUAUUAAACCCCUGGCUGAGCUUGAGGCAAGCAGUCACAUGCCUUACAGGCAUGGCUGGGACCUCUGCUUCCCCAGUAGUCCCAAAUCUAAGGCACUGGUAUAAGCUACAACACAAUAAGAAAGCCUCCUGGCUAUAACAGGAAACUAUCCCCACAUUAGGACCUAGCAUAGACUCCAGCUCCCUGGCUGUAUGUAACAAAGCUUCUCCUCUCUGGGUUAUAUCAUCAGCUCCCUGGCUGAACCCCGACCUCCUCCAAUACUGGUUCCUACUUUCCUGCAAGCGGUAAGCAUCUUGCUUGCAGAUCUCAGGGUCUUUUGCAUCAGUCAGACAGUCCCCUUUAGAUUCCCUGCUCAAGAGCUCCUUCCCUUUCAGCCAGCAGAACCAUACUGGUUUACCUGCUCUCAUGCCCUAGCUUUAUGCACCUCCUAAGCCCUGCCCCAUACAGUCAUAUGGCCCUGCAGCUCCCUGCAGCUGUUCCUUCCCUGUGGCUGAUGACUUGCCUGCUUUCUCAGAUAGGGAUUAGCUCAGCAGUCUGCAGCCCCUUGUUUCUGGGCUGCUUACCUGUCUGCCUGGUGUACCGGUUUGCUGCUCUGCUUCCACUCCUUGGGUGAGUCAGCCUCCCAGUAUUAGUCCUUGGCUGCAGCUGGCCUUCUGUCCACUUGCUGGCAGCCAGCUCAUCAAUAGCUAACUGGUCUCCUGGCUGUCAAGUCUGCUACAGCCAGCCUGUUCUGUGCAGUGGUCCCUAAACUGGCCACAGGUAUUCCCCUUUCUUAACAAGCUGAUACCUGCUAGGUGCAGUAAUUCUUGGCUGCCUUGCCCUCUAUUCCACUGGCCAGGGCCCCAACUGUGGAUCUUUUUCCCCAUAAAAAUGACAAUAGCCCCCAGGAUUCAGUCAUUUUUGCCCCCAGUCUUUGAGAUUAAAAAUGCUAAAUGUUUAAUAUUUUGCCAAUACUUUUUUUUGAUUUUUCUCCAAAACAGUCUCAAAACUCUGCCUGUCUUUGUCUGCCCAACUGAUAAGGUUCCUUCUUUCUCCCUCUCUCCACCCUUUAAAUCUCUGCUUUAUACUCCAGCAGAGGUUUUUAUUAGACAGUGCUCUACUUUGCUGUCUGUAACCUCCCUCUGAAUUUGAGGGCAACACUGCAGAUUUAAAUCCUGAAAAGGCUCAAAUUUUGAGCCUGGAUCCUAAAACAGACCUUUAUAGCAUGAGCCUUUCCGCUAUACCACUGUUGCCCAUUGUCAGCAGUCAAUAUCAACUUUAUAAAUAUGGCUAUUAUCCAGGGCAGGGGCAUUACUGUGAGGAGACCCUGGAUCAUUUUAGCUUCCAGGGUGUAUUCUCUCCAGGAUGCACUUUUUGAAUAACUUAAUUACGCUUAUGACUCUACAAUCAAAUUCAGGGAUGGUAUGUCAAAGUGGUGUAACUAACUUAGGCCCUUGUUGACCUGCACUGCUGAAGGAAUUUAAUGUGAAGCAAUGUAUGUGCUGAAAAGGGGAAGUUAGAAUAAACCAAACCGAUUUGCCUAGCCCCACAUGGCACAUAUAAAUAUAUUGACUGUAAGUAGUUCUAAGUAAGUUUCGACCAGUGUAUGGGGGGUGGGGUAGGACAUGGGGCCUGGCUUGCACCAUCUUGUGAGUCAUUUAUGAAAAUGGUCUUGUAUUCAUGGGAAUGGAUAUUAGGUCCUGUUCUAAAGAUCUGUGUGAAAUGAACUU